AUGGCCAGGCAGCUCUCUGUGAAUUUGAAGCUGACGGGUGUGGGGGCACACAGUGAGUUCCAGGCCAACCACGGCUAUGCUGACAUUGAGAAGAUUCCAGACAGCGUGGGCAUAGACCAACUCAACAAGGCCAUCAGUGAACUGAAGGAAAGAAACAUCACAGAGGUCAUGGCCCAGGAUCUCUUGAUGUUGGCGCUGCCCUUGCUGCAAGCAGAGGUGAAGAAAGGCAAGGCAGAGGAGUCUGAGGAGAAGUCAGAUGAGGACAUGGCAUUUGGCUGGUUUUGA